AUGUUUCCCGUACGAGCUAUAGUGUUUGGAGUAUUGUGGGCUUCAGCUGGCGCAGAAGCGUUCUGGCCGUUACUAACGAACAUCUACCUUAACGGCCAAGGCCGUUCUUCUAGUUCCUCCAUUUGCGAUUAUUACAAUUUAUGGGGAUCGCAGGGUCAGAACCGCAACCCUGGAGGAAAUGGUGGGGGCAACGGUUGGCCUGCCGGCUGGGGGGCUACGGAUUUGGAUCCAUCGAGGGUCAACGGUAACACAGCAACGCUUCCCGGAAUAUUGGGGCUACUGAACAGAGUGUAUCCUUCGUCCGUCCGGGGCACAUCGCAGUCGGGGCGCCCGGGUGUGGUAGUGCGGGUCGAGGAAACGAACCCCCGGGGUAACAGGGGCGGUUCGAACACUCCAUCAACGGCAAGCACCAGCGCUGACGGAUCCCGUGAGUUAGAUUAUUACGACCAAGACGCACCAUACUACUACGAGGACGACGGCGAUUACUACGGGCAAGAUUAUACUUACAGUGAUCCCGACGAAGACGCGGACACUGUUGUGUACUAUGACACGCUGCUUCAGACCGAGACACCCCCGACAGUUGUUCAGCUUUUACAGACCCUAUAUGGCACACGGUUUGGCACCCCGAACACGGCUGGUUCGAACGCGUGCGGUGCAUGCGCAGCAUCGAUGCUUAAUAUGUUGAUGGGCAAAUAA